AUGGAAAAUGAGGAACCAACACGCGACUCGAAUGGAGUACUCAAUGAUUUAAAGGGAAGGUCAAUUGAAGUGAAAGUUGAAGAAGUUAAGCUAAUACGUGGUGGUGAAUUACGAACAGGAAGAGGACAAAUUAUUUGCAACAGAUGUGGAAAUUCCGGACACUUGGCAAGAGACUGUAGAAGAAGAUGAGAAAAGAAGAAGAUAGAAAAUGGAGGCACAGACUUGGGGCACAUGGUAAAGCUGUAAAUUGUGGUAGGUUUAAAAAUAAAAUAAAAUGAAAAUAAAUAAAAUUUAAAAUUUGG